AUGGUCCCCUCCCCUUCCGUCUCCUCGCCCGCCCCGCCAGCGCUUGGCUCCUACAUAGACAACGGCGCGCUGCGGCUCGUCGAAAUUCUCGGCUACGGCGGCUACGGUAUCGUCUACCGCGCUGUCGACACCCACUCCCCUAAGCCGACUUCCUACGCCGUCAAAUGCCUCCCCCAUUCCAGCAAGCGCAGCUCCGCACGACAACGCCAACUACACAUCCGCGAGAUCACCCUCCACCAACUCGCAUCGGGCCACCCGAACAUCGUCACGCUCCACCGCGUCAUCGAGGACUACCAAUAUACCUUCAUCGUCAUGGACUACUGUCCCGACGGUGACCUCUUCACUCAGAUCCUCCACAAGCGGCGCUAUCUGGGCAAUAACGCCCUCAUCAAGGAGGUUUUCCUUCAACUGCUCGAGGCGGUUGAGUACUGCCAUUCUCUGAGUAUUUAUCACCGCGACCUCAAGCCCGAGAACAUUCUCUGCUUCGAGGACGGCCUCCGCUUAGCCGUCACCGACUUCGGUCUCGCUACCACCGACCGCGUGAGCACUGAGUUCAGGACAGGCAGCGUCUACCACAUGAGUCCUGAAUGCCAGGGCGGCAUGUUCGCGCAUAACCGCGCCUACUCCCCCCUCUUCAACGACGUCUGGUCAUUGGGCAUCAUCCUCGUCAACCUCAUCACCGGCCGGAAUCCGUGGAAGUCCGCGUCCGCGGACGACUGCACCUUCCAGGCAUACCUGAAGAACCCCGACAGCUUCCUCCCCACUGUUCUCCCCAUCUCCGAGGAUGUCAACUUCCUUCUCGUCCGCGCGCUCGAGGUCGACUGGCGUCACCGCAUCACACUCCGCGAGAUGCGCCAUCUCCUGGAGUCCAUCGACAACUUCUACUCCCCCGACGUCGUCUUCGAGGACAGCAUGGCGCGUUGCCCCUGGGAGGCCGGUCUCAACGUCGACGCUGACAGCGAUUCGUCUGCAGAGGCUGAGCCGGAGCCUGCGGACCCUCCCGCGCAGCAGGAGGCACAGGAGGAUCUCGUUUCCACCUGGAGCGACGGUUCCGACGCCGAGAUGGUCUACACCCGCGAGCGCUCCCUGGUCAAGGAGUCGUCGACCUGGACAGCCUCCUUUGGUGCUGAGCGCGACGAUGACUCCGGAGUCGCCUCCGCCUACUCGCGUUCCAUGUCCCCCAGCCCACGCGCGUCCCCCGUUUAUACUACGACGAAGCUCUUCGACGCCCUUCAGACUCCCGUUCACAGCCCUGCUUCCGCGUACUCUGCGCUUUCAUCCGAGCCCUCUAUUCCUUCACCGCCGGUGACCCCGCACGCGUGGGACCACGAGCACUCGACGCGUCCGAAGCUUGUUCUCACCGUCGACACGGACACUUUCAAGCCCGAGUACUACGACAACAGCGUCACGAUGCUCUCCGCGACGGCGUCCUCCCUUCACACGGCGCUCGAGUCCAACUGGGGCGACAUGUACUCGCCCCUCGUCACCAGCGCGAUCACGACCGCGAAGCCCUCGCCAUACCCUGGAGACGAGGACCACAUGGUCAUCACGCCGGCGAUGGAGGACCAGAUCAUGGACGACUAUGACGACGAGGACGAGGACGAAGAUGAGUACCCGGAGAUCGAUACGUACGGCUCGAUACCGUCCGCGCGCGCCGAGUCGCCGGUGCUCGGGCUCGACGUCAACGCGAAGGAGGUGCGGCGCGCCCCCGCCGCGAACGCCGCGACUCCGGACGUCGAGUACAGCUGGAACCGGAUCUGCGACUGGCUCAAUCCGCAGCAGAAGCCCGCGACCCCGACGUCGCCCACGACUAUCGCCCACGCCACCCCUUUCUCCUUCUUCACCGUGCAGGCUACCCCCGCGCCCACGCGGCCGUCCUCCCCGCGGGAGUCCUCCGCAUGGCCCGCGUUCUCCUUCGACCUGUCCACCGCGACCACGACCUCGCCGACGCCGCAAUCGACGAGCAAGCUCGCGACCCCGCGCACGUCGCCCUCGCUCGUCGCCCACGCGCCGCUCUCGCCGACCGCGGGCCCCUCGCGCACGCUCGCCGCGGACCACCGCAAGGGCCGCGCCUCGAACUUCCUCCGCCCGAUCCGCCUCGCCUUCCCGCGCCGCUCGUCCUCGUCUCCCGCCCGCCCCGCCCGCCGCCGCUCGCCCGCGCGCAGCAGCCUCGGCGGGCGCGGGAAGACGCGACAGACGGAGAGCGCGCCCGAGGGCGCGUACGCCGGGUCCGCCAACUGGGUCUUCUCCGCCUCGACGAGCGCGUCGCCCGAGCCGCAGCCGUACCUGUGCCUCCCGCAGUCGGUGCAGCCGACGCACGUCCGGGUCGAGGCCACCACCGCGGCGGCGAAGGAGCCUGAGCACUCGACGCUCACUGAGGACGCGCAGCCGCGGCGCAAGCGCCUGCGGGUUGCGCGAGACUGGUUCUCGCCCGGCAAGCUGUUCGCGUCGGUGCUCCCGUCGUCGUGA